CGUCUCUGCCACCGGCGAACGUGAGGCUCGUAAUGGCGCCGGCCUGUGUGCGCUCCAAUAAGUCAUCAACUACUGCGCGCACUAGCCGAAACCUAUGCGAGGCCGAUCAUGACGCCAGCGCGACAUUUGCAAGGCAUCGCCAAUACCUUCAAACCCCCUCGAACAAACCCUCACCAAAACACAUUGACCGACAAUAACAAACCAUGACCGACACGCCGCAGACCCUCGUCCAGCGCGGCUACGAUGAAAUCGCCGAAACGUACCUCCAGUGGGCAACGCAAAAGGAGACCCCCCGCCCAGCCCAGCUGCAGCUUCUCCUCCGCGAACUCGGCCCCGCCGUCGCGCCCUCCGCACACGUCCUAGAACUCGGCUGCGGCGCCGGCGUACCGGGAACGCAGAUCCUCUCGCGGGCAUGCGGACGCGUCGUCGCCAACGACAUCUCCACCGCGCAGAUGCGCCUCGCGCGGACGCACAUCGGCACCGCCGACACCAACGUCGAGUUCAUGCCCGGCGACAUGACGCAGCUGUCCUUCCACGACGGAUCCUUCCAGGCCGUCGUCGCGCUGUACUCCAUCAUCCACCUCCCGCGCGACGACCAGCGGGCCAUGUUCCGGCGCGCCUACGCGUGGCUCGCGCCCGGGGGCCUGCUCUUGUGCAACCUGGGCACGUCGGAAGACGACGAGGGCGAGGGGUCGGUGGCGAGCUGGCUGGGGACGCAGAUGUACUGGAGCCAGUGCGGUCCCGAGGCCAACGCGCGCAUGGUGGCGGAGGCGGGGUUCGAUGUCGUGCGGAAUACGAUUAUCGAGGAGGAGGAGGACGGGCGGGUGAUUCCGUUUCAGUGGAUACUUGCGCGGAAGCAGGGGGAGCUGGCGACGUGAGAUGCGAUGCGAACCAUGUUGCGUGCUACAAUAAUAAGGGGGCAAGAAUUGAGGAUGUGGGCAGUGUUGGGUUCCGUUGUCGUGAAUUCAAUGUUGUCAAGGGCUUGGUGACAUGCGCAGUCUGCCUGAAGAGUCCAUUCACGCGGUGUCGGCUUGACUCCUGCACAGGUUGAUUGACUGAUUCCGUGAUAUAGAAUCGGCUCGGGGCCG